GAUGAUGAGAUGGUGGAAGAAUGUAGUGAAAAUAAUUUCUUUGAAUCUGACAGAGAACAGAAAGAAAAGGAUCGGAAAGUGAAAAACACCUAUACUAUGGACCCAGAUCACAGGCUGCUGUUACGAAAUACAAAGCCCUUGCUUCAAAGCCGAAACACUGCUGUGGUAAUGGCAGUUGCACAACUGUACUGGCAUUUGGCACCAAAAUCUGAAGCUGGUAUUGUUUCUAAGUCAUUGGUGCGUUUACUCCGUAGUAAUAGGGAGGUGCAGUAUAUUGUUCUGCAAAACAUUGCCACUAUGUCAAUUCAGAGAAAGGGCAUGUUUGAACCUUAUCUGAAGAGUUUCUAUGUUAGAUCAACUGAUCCAACAAUGAUCAAAACACUGAAGCUUGAAAUCUUGACAAAUUUGGCAAAUGAAGCCAACAUAUCAACUCUGCUUCGAGAAUUUCAGACUUACGUGAAAAGCCAAGAUAAGCAGUUUGCUGCAGCUACAAUUCAGGCUAUAGGCAGAUGUGCAACUAACAUCUCUGAAGUGACUGACACAUGCCUUAACGGACUUGUAUGUUUGCUGUCCAACAGGGAUGAAAUUGUAGUGGCUGAAAGUGUUGUUGUCAUUAAGAAACUACUGCAAAACCAGCCAGCUCACCAUGGUGAAAUUAUUAAGCAUAUGGCCAAACUCUUGGAUAACAUUACAGUUCCAGUUGCCAGAGCCAGCAUUCUCUGGCUCAUCGGUGAGUACUGUGAACGAGUUCCAAAGAUCUCACCUGAUGUUUUGAGGAAGACAGCCAAGAGCUUCACUAAUGAAGAUGACCUUGUAAAGUUGCAGAUCUUAAAUUUGGGGGCAAAACUCUACUUAACAAACUCAAAACAGACAAAAUUGCUUACCCAGUAUGUAUUAAAUCUCGGCAAGUAUGAUCAAAGCUAUGACAUCAGAGACCGUACAAGAUUUAUUAGGCAGCUUAUUGUUCCGAAUGAGAAGAGUGGAGCUUUAAGCAAAUAUGCCAAAAAAAUAUUUCUGGCACAGAAACCUGCUCCGUUGCUUGAGUCUCCUUUUAAAGAUCGGGAUAAUUUCCAGCUUGGCACCUUGUCUCACACGCUGAACAGCCAAGCCACUGGUUACCUGGAGCUGUCCGACUGGCCAGAGGUGGCGCCUGAUCCCUCUGUCCGAAAUGUUGACGUAACCGAGUCGGCAAAGGAAUGGGCUGGACUUCUAGGUAAGACAAAGAAAGAGAAACCUACUGAAAAGUUCUACUCUGAGUCAGAAGAGGAGGAAGAUGAGUCUGCCAGUACCAGUUCAUCAGAGAGCAAGUCUGGCAGUGAAAGUGAAGAUAAGGAGGAAGGCAGUGGUGAUGAGAGUAGUGGGAGUUCCACUUCCAAUGAAGAAUCAAGUGACGGGGAAUCAGACAGUAAACAAGGCACUGUAAAGAAGAAGUCUAGAGCUACUGCUGCAAGUGGUUCAGAGGACAUUACAAAGAAACCAAAGGGGAUCUCCAAAAAGAGAAGUACAUCUAGUUCCUCUGAUACGGAGUCCAGUUCAUCCGAAGAAAGUUCGUCAGAUUCUAAGUCAGAAUCAGAUUCUAAAAGUGACUCUGAGUCUGGAAAAUCUGGAAGUGCUGCCUCUAGUAAG